AUGCCCAUAGUUAUUGGGGAGGUAGGUUGGCCAACAGAUGGAGCCAUUGGUGCAAAUCUGACUGCUGUAAGAGCUUUCAAUCAAUGGCUCAUAAAUCAUGUUCUGAGUAGCAAAGGGACCCCAUUGAGGCCGGGCAUCCCACCCAUGGAUAUAUACCUUUUCGGUCUACUUGAUGAAGGGGCAAAGAGCAUACUUCCAGGAACCUUUGAGAGGCACUGGGGUAUUUUUUCCUUUGAUGGCCAAGCCAAAUAUUCACUAAACCUUGGUUUGGGCAACAGAAGAUUAAAGAAUGCAAAAAAUGUUCAGUAUCUCCCAUCUAGAUGGUGUGUGGCAAACCCAUCUACAGAUUUGUCUGAGGUGACAAACCACAUGAAACUUGCCUGUAGUGUUGCAGAUUGCACCACACUUAACUAUGGUGGAUCAUGUAAUGGCAUUGGAGCAAAGGGAAAUAUCUCAUAUGCAUUCAACAGUUACUAUCAGCUGCGAAAGCAAAAUGCACAGAGCUGUGAUUUUGAUGGGCUAGGCAUUGUCACUUACCUCGAUCCUUCUAUCGGCGAAUGCAGGUUUCUUGUUGGCUUCAAUGAUGUUAGUUCAUCAAGUUUUCAACCAGUUUGUUGGUGGAGCAUUCCUUGGGUUUUGAUCAUGUGGGGGUUUUGGUUCUCUGUAAUGUGA